AUGAAGGCUCUCUUCGUUCUGGGGCUUCUCGUCCUUUCUGUGACUGUCCAAGGCAAGGUCUAUGAAAGGUGUGAGUUGGCCAGAAUUUUAAAAAAUCUUGGAAUGGAUGGCUACCAUGGGGUCAGCCUGGCAAACUGGAUGUGUUUGGCCAAAUGGGAAAGUGAUUAUAACACAAAAGCCACAAACUACAACCCUGGAGAUGAAAGCACUGAUUAUGGGAUAUUCCAGAUCAACAGUCGAUACUGGUGUAACAACGGCAGAACCCCAAGAGCAGUCAAUGCCUGCGGUAUAUCCUGCAGCGCUUUGUUGCAAGACAACAUCGCUGAGGCGGUGACUUGUGCCAAGAGAGUUGUCAGGGACCCACAAGGCAUCAGAGCAUGGAUGGCAUGGAGAAGUCAUUGUCAAAAUCAAGAUGUUGCUAAGUAUGUUCAAGGCUGUGGAGUGUAA